ACACUUUCUCUUUUUUCCUUCUCUAAUGUUUUCCAUUUUUGUUAUAUAAGACCUAUAUCUUAAUGCCGAUCUAUUCGGCGUAGGCCCAUUACAGUUUAAUCAUUUAAGAUAGGAGAUGCAACGCCGACUUUUUGUGCAUGCCCCAUAGUUACAGAUCAGUGCGAAAACAUCGCACGUACAGAUCCACAGGUGUGAUAGUGGCUUAUAGUGGCUUGCACUGCAAAACGCCAUUGCAACGACCUCGGGAAAGCUGAUUGAAGGAUUCAUCUAGGAGCAAUUCUAUCACUGCUGAUGCAUUUUCCUCUCUCGCAGCAUGUAUGUACUGAAUCAUUGAAACUACUAAUCACAAGAUAUCUCAGAAGCAGCAGAUAUUCGGGAUGACUCAGAGGCUUUGUUCAGUGAAUUGAGGGCGGAUAAGAAAGGAAGAAGAUAUGUUAUAUGCAUUAUCGAACACCUUCAUCAUUACUGCAGAGACUGGGCUGUUCUUUGAAUCAAAUCCUAAUAUUCGGCUAUCAGCCCGCCCCCUCUCCUUUCCGUGUGAGCCUAGUGGUUGGUUAUUAAGUUGGGCGUCUUACAUGCAUACAUAACUACCUCAGGGGUAAAUGUGGACCAGUAUGGCAUCCAGAUUAGGGUCUGACAACGGGCACAAGAAUACGGGAAGUCACUCCCGCACAAAAGACCUCAACCUUAACAAAGUCUAUAUCGAGUCAUUAACAUUGUAUGUAUGCAUGUACGUGGUAAGAUCGACGAAGUUAAAACGGUUAUUAUGUCAGACCAAUCCUGCUGAUUGGCCAAUUCCCCUGCCAAGUCCCUGGCUUUGGGUUAAAGAGGCGCUGACUCCCUGCUGUUGCGCGGCUUCGGUUGCCGAAUGCCGAAUGGACAUAUAUCGUCAACCAGUACUGUACGUCAUCAUAUCCCUGCCUAUAAAACUUCAGAGCGACCCCAGCUCUGCUGAGGAUGGGGCUGGGCUGGUCUUCUGCCAUAGUUAAUCUUCUUUAUCUCUGAUCUCCUUCAGAUAACUAUUCUGCGCGGCUCAGCUGUCCGUUACUCUUCGUGGUUGAAAUGACAUCCUUUCAUGGAUCCCUACUUAUGCUCACCGACGGCCUGACAAUUUCUUCAGCGUCACAUCGCUGUUGCAUUCAAAAAUAGCGUGAACAGAAUUUGGGCCGUCCCAGCAUGGAGAGUGUUAGGCGGAUGGGUGUACUAUAAGUACCCCUCCCCGCGGAUUAAUAAUGGAUGCCUCUUGUUAAAUGAGAGUCGAAAUACAAACCGCCUUGAUCCCAUCUCGCUUACAUCAGUGCCGACAAACUCCGGUAACAUGUUGCUUUCCACAGUCUUCCUCAAGUAUGGGAAGGAAGGAAAGAGGGGGAGAAAAACCAUAGAAGCGCGCCAGCAACAGCGAUUGGUGGCCGCCAGUUGGUUUCUGAAACGAUCAAUGGAUACUACUAAUAAAGAAAGGGCUGGAAUUCGUCGAAGACAUCCAGCCAUAGCAAGAAGCUGCCAAUAGGCUCCAUAUCGCGGUCAUUAUCAAACCAAUGAAGCCCCGGAGCUAUGCAGGGAGAUCAAUUCACAUGAGCAUCUAUGCAUUGGAACGCUAUACGAGUCGCAAUGGCCAGAGGAGAUUCCUGGUUCUAAAUCAACAUUUCCCAUAAUCAUCUCCAACAUCAGUGCACUCACAUGACAAGAGAAACUGGAAGAAAUCAGUUCAUUUGUGGCAGCGGCAGUUCAUUGGCACAUCGAGGAUCAUUGUGGGAAAAUAGAAAUGUGGAAAAAAUCAUGCAUUGUCUAGUGCGGGCAGAGUAGAGGAACUUCUCUAGAAUCUUUAGAAGUAUAUCGAGUUUUGCUAUGGAUUCAUCGGAUGAAGACGUACGGGAAGACUCGGGCUUCCGAAGGGACGGACGUGGGUCGCUGUGGUUUUCACACUAUGAUAUUCGGAAUAUCAAGUCUAUAUACGGACAAAAUUGGGCAAAUAUAUUGCCUUUUCGUCUAUUAUCAUGACGCCGCUCAAUCAAUCAUCUAGAGAUUAGAUCCAAUUGAUUGGAGUGUUUAGAAUAUUCCAAUCAUGUAUUGAGUUAAGAGAAACGCAGGAAAAAAAAGCAUGUGCUUGAAAAAUGAUGCUGGCCGGCUAAACAAUUUUCCAUCUCCAAACUUCAGAUUCAAUAUCUCCUCUAGUUAUCUCUCCUCUUAACAACCAUUACAUCCACAUCGCCCUGCGCAUCAUGCCACCCCCUCCAAUGGCUGCACUGAGGAAUCCCUACGUCUGCCUCAGUUGCAAGCUUCACAACCGGCAAAUACUCAGCACGUUCUCCCAAUUCUACCGCUCUUUCUCCAUAUCUCUUCAUCGGUUCUCAUCCACGUCCGCCGUAGUAAACACCGCACCCCGCCCACCCACAGCCCCGAAACCAACGCCGGACAUUAAACACAUCCGCGAAAAUGCCGCUCUCUACUCCCAAAACUGCAUUGACCGCAAUUACCAUGACCUUGCCCAAUAUCCGUACGAGAUCCAACGCCUCUCUGCAGAGUCCCACGAGCUACAAGUUGCCCUGCGAGAACCACAGCGCAAGAUCAAACAAAUAGAGUCCGCUAUCGCAAAACUCAGGAAGGACUCCUCUGACUCAUGCAAUGCAGAUCCAGAAGAGAAACAGAAACAAAAAACAAAAGUUGAAGAAGAACUGUCCACCCUCCGCCUCUCCGCGCAACAUCUCAAGGACCAAUCCCACCACCUAACAACAACCCGCGCAGCCCACGCCAAAGAGAUAGAACGUCUCGGCCUCUCUCUCCCAAACCUCACAAAGCCCCGAAAACACCCACCCAGGGAGCCCGAGCCCCCGCGUCGUAAAACUACAUAAAACUACGACCCCGAAACUCACCCUGCGAAACUUUACCCCACCCCACACCCACCUCUCACGUCACCCAUCGGGUACAGCCCCUCAAUCUACUAAACUUCGCCAGCGCCCUCCCACGCCCAGCGCUGGGGCUGGUACUACCUGACCAACGAAGCUGCUCUGCUCGAACAAGCUCUAAUCCAAUACGCGCUCAGGGUCGCCUUGCGAGGGGGUUGGCAAGCAGUCUCUCCGCCAUCCCUCGUCUA